CACACACCCCCGCUUUUGAAUACAUGCAUGUCAGGAAACAGACCAGUCAUUUCAUGGCUACAUGGGUGUUUCAUCUAGCAUAUAGGCACCUCUACACGGUAACUUCGAGCUCACCGUCACGAGGUUGAAAAGGCCGCAACUCUAUGAUGGACAGACAAUACCUCAACACCACCUCCGAAGAACGGCAGAGAUUUGACAGCAGCGUUCAAGAGAGACGGAUUCUUGACGUCGUUCAGCCUCUCUUUGCAACUAAUCUUCCUUGGAAGUUGGAGGCAGAUAGCGACCACGGCAAUGGCCUUGCGGAGCAGAUCAACGCCCAGACAGCAAAGGAGAUGUUUUUACACGAACUCGUCACUGCGGGCCUUUAUUUGAGAGAGCUAAAAAGUGCUCUGUCGGUUCGGUCUUUCCGACUAUGCCUAGAAACAUCAUCCGAUCUCCUCGCCUUCUUAGAGACACUGGUAUGUAACGAUAUCCUGGGCCAACCGCGGCCUGGUGACACUUCCGGCGCGGAUAAUACACCUGGUAUCCACAAAGACAAGCCUCCUGAGAAUGAGCCUGUGCAAGUGGCUGGCGUUCCACUUGUACUCGACUUGGUUGCCAAAUGGCUGUUUCAAAUACCUGAGCCGAAGCCUAUUGCACUUGGACGGACCGAACAACCCACUGUACACCCUCAUGAUGACAUCGGGGCGCUCCAAGAUCUUUGCGAUGUCAAAAAAUAUCCAAAACUCGAAAUGCUUGGAAGAAUUCUCCAGGAGUCAGGCGACAGGGCUUGCCACAAGCUUAUCAAUUUCCACCAGAGGAUGGCCAACUUCCAGGAGGGGGUACGCAAGGCUUGGCAUCUCAACAAAUGUCUCGCAAACCUCAGGAAGACUGCACCAACUAAGCGUUUUCGACCACCUGCUGCACAACGGAUUCCCCGAACAAAGUGGGAGAACAUGACGCCGCGCGACCUCUCCAGUCGCCUUUUCGAGAAGCUAUACAGUAGCGUUUGUCAGAAUCAGGAUCACCAGGUCAAGCUUCAGUUGAAUGGAUUUGACAUGGAUGGUUUCUUGGCGCCGCCAAUACAUUUCAACUUGUUCCUCCCUUCCUGCCCUACCAACGACCUUUGGCAAAAAUGUCAGUGUAGGGCCAUUGUGCCAAGGAAGGUCAACAGCUUACCCGAAGACGUGGAAAUGAUUGUCGAUCUCUGCGAAGACAUUCGGGCCCUUAAUGAGAACCACCACCUGCCAACAGUUUUGGCCGUCCAUUUUGAGGUUGUUGAGCCCGGUCAUCGAUACUACCUUUGGCACGACACCAAGUAUCAGCUUGAUACGCCGCAGCACUUUCAAGAUGCCAAGCCAACAAUAUCUCUGGACUACCUGAUUUGCAGCGGCUUCCUUACCGACAUACCAGAAGGAGGCGUCUUCGGGAUGAACGACAAGGCUGUUCUAGCAUUGUCUCUUUCUAGGUGCUUUCUCCAUCUGUGGGGUACCAAUUGGCUCAAAGACCCUUGGACGGCGGGCAAUAUACAUUUCCUUGCACAGUCCGAUGAGAUCUGGAAUCCUCACCAUCCCUUCAUUCACUGCUCCCUCGACAAUUCCUCGCCCACAUCUUCAACUGAGGCUACGAUUUCGCUUUUUUCCUUCGCAAAGCUCCUCCUCGAGAUUGAAACUGGCACACGCAUUGACGUUGACCCCUCCUCAGUAACCCAGGAUGAGUUCGAGGACACAAUUGUCAGCAUUCUUGAUUCUAGAGGCGAUAGAUUUGGAAGAAGAGAGUACAACGCCGCGGUAGAUGGAUGUUUUCAUAUCUUCGCAUUAGUUAACAAACAGAGCAACGAAGCAGGCGGUGUGGUGGACGAACUGGAUAUGAUGAGAAAGGCCAUUUACGACGCGAUUGUCGAGCCACUUGAGCAAAAUUUCAAUCUCAUUCCAAACCCGAGCAAAGCGCUUUACGUGAAGAAGCUUCAUUUGGAGCGAAAGAGAGGGACGUAUGGAGUGGCGACGUUCCAGCCGGAAUAUCACCAACCCACAAGGAAACGUGGUUCAACAGACUCGACGAUGUUCUUUGAUGGUGAGAUCGUACGCACGGUCGAUGAGCGGGUUGACCGAGCCGCGAAAUUCUUCGAUUCCAUGGACCGAUUCCAUGCCCAGUUCAUACAACCGAGGAUCACAAAGAGCAAUGGACUACGGCCUGUUAAGAUUGCGAUAUUAGACACCGGGAUUGAAGUUGAUAAUAGCAGCCUUCAAGGUGUGUUGGAUAACAUCAAGGAUUCGAGAAAAGCUUCUGGCUUUCGGGAUUGGAGAAGAGGUUCAAUCCGCGCAGUUCAAUCAUUCGUCACGUCUCCAGGAGACGAAAGGGAUGUAGUAGGCCACGGCACACAUGUAGCGUGGCUUGCUCUCAAGACAGCCCUCAACGUUGAAGUAUACAUCGCGAAGGUCUCCGCCGGCAAACAGUUCGAUGACAACACAGCCGUGGCGAAAGCAAUCCAUUGGGCCAUGGAUCAAGAGGUGGACAUCAUGGUCAUGUCAUUUGGCUCUGCAUAUAUAGAUAAGGGGGUGAGCGACGCCAUUGACCGUGCUGUAACCACUCGACCGCACCCAACACUUGUCUUUGCGGCGGCGUCAAACUCGGGGCUCAACAGCCGGCCAACUUUUCCUGCCACCCACGACAAGGUUAUUGGUGUAUAUUCCUUGGAUGGAUACGGAAACGACAACGGGGGCUUGAACCCGUCUCGACAACCAGGAGGCACUUAUUUUGGCACAUUAGGUGUCGGAAUAGAGAUGCUGUGGAACAACAAAAAGGAGGCCCGAUCCGGAAGCUCAUAUGCUGCGCCAAUCGCCGCUGGUAUCGCCGCGAAUUGUCUGGUUUGGCUGGAACACAUGCUUAAGAAGGGGUACUUCAGCCAGGACCAGUACAUGUGGCUAAGGACGAUUGAGGGGAUGCGUUAUAUGCUCAGGAAGCAGGCUAUGGGCUCUAACGGCGAUAGAGUGGGGAUACUAUCAUUGGCCCCAUGGGUACUUUGGAGGCGUGAUCUUACUGAUGUAGAGGUGUGUACUAUUUUGAAGGAAGGCAUGCCGCUUUUUCGAUAGCCUCAUGGGACUUUUAGAAUCGUUGAAACACAAGGUAAUGAAGGGGAGCGGGGUUUCUCCGUUGUUACGGUAAGGUAUUUAAGCUGCGCUUAAUUGAUCAAAGUCUGAGGCGGGUUAAUGGAAAAUUGCUUC